GUCUACUUGACUUAGUAUCAGCUGAUCUGUCCUGGACGUAUUCGUGAUUCAAUACUGCGGGAUUUGUCCCUUGAAUAGCACGGCAAAUAUAUCCGCAGAUUGAGUGUUUCGCCCAAGAUCUACCCCAGGCAGUUGGUGUUUUGCAUUUUUGAACCGUUUUAAUUCUCCAGGAAUUUUACACUAUCCACCAAGAACCAUGGCGCUAAGCGAUGCAGAUGUCCAGAAACAGAUCAAGCACAUGAUGGCCUUCAUUGAGCAGGAGGCCAAUGAAAAGGCAGAGGAAAUUGAUGCCAAGGCUGAGGAAGAGUUCAACAUCGAGAAGGGUCGCCUGGUGCAGACGCAGCGUCUGAAGAUAAUGGAAUACUACGAGAAGAAGGAGAAGCAAAUCGAGCAGCAGAAGAAAAUUCAGAUGUCUAACCUGAUGAAUCAGGCUCGUCUCAAGGUUCUGAAGGCUCGGGAUGACAUGAUUUCAGACUUGUUGAAUGAGGCUCGUCAGCGACUUGCUAAUGUGGCUAAAGACCCUGCCAGAUACCCAGCACUGAUGGAGGGACUCAUGCUGCAGGGCUUCUACCAGCUGCUGGAGACCAAAGUGACCCUCCGGUGCCGUAAGCAGGACCUGGCUGUGGUACAGGCUGCUGUACAGAAAGACAUCCCAAUCUUCAAAGAUGCAGUGAAGAAUAACAUUGAGGUCCGCAUUGAUCAGGAUAAAUGUCUCUCUUCGGACAUCUCUGGAGGUAUUGAAAUCUACAAUGGAGAUGGGAAAAUCAAAGUCUCCAACACCCUGGAGAGCAGGCUUGAUCUUAUGGCCCAGCAGAUGAUGCCCGAGAUCAGGGUGACCCUCUUUGGCGCCAACCCGAACCGGAAGUUCAUGGAUUAAUGGAUGACACUGCCCCAGAAGCAGAGCAAAUGGCUGCAAAACAAGGGCAACGAGUCCAGUAUUUGGUGUUGUGUUGUUUUGGUUUUUUAUUUUGAUUGUGUGAACGGUCUCAUCCUCAUGUCUGUCUGUGUGUGUGUGUAUAUAAAUGUCGAUGUUCCUUAUGAAACAGAAGAAAGACCAAAUGUGUUUUUUAGUGCUACGUCCACUAUUUUUGUUGUGGUCUGUCCAUUAUUGCUCAGUGAUGCUUACGUUUAUACAACACACCAGUCCCAUGGACAGUAACCAUUACCUGACAACUCACUGCACCUUCUGGUAUUCCUGAAGCCCAGUGUUUUGAUUUGUCAUGUUAAAACGAAUGCGGUGUAAACCCUUUUUUGUCCUUUCCUAAGCCACAUACACUUGGCAUUUGAGCAGGGCAUAGAACCAUACAACAGGUCUUUGGCAAGGGAAAUAAGAACCAUAUGACGAAGAGGAACUGAUUCUCCAGCAUUGGUUUCCUGAUUUCAGCAUAGAUAGUAUUUGCAUCCUCAAAGCAUUGUGCAGACUGUGUUCAGUGACGACGAGGUGCAAUGUAGAUUGUAAAGUAGGUUACUUCUGUGCUAUGGAGAUUAGCUGAACAGCAUUACAUCCAUUUUCUUGGUCAGAUUUUAAAAUGCUUUAACUGCACACUUAACUGAGUCUUCAGUCAAACUGAAUGAUUCUGUCAUUCUCUGUAACACAAGGUAUGUGCUGUGUCUCAGAAUUGGGUAUGCAUAUUCAUAUAUUUAAGGCUGUGAUGUUGUUUUAUUGGUCUGAAUGCUUCCAACUGGAAAGGAUAUAUUGAUGUUCAAGAAAUAUAUAUAAUUAUGAAAAAUAA